CCCGUCUGACUCUCCUUCUCCCUCAGACGUGAUGAACGACGCCGUGUUCGAGGAGGACACGGAGGACAUGGUCAUCGUGAAGGACAUCGAGAUGUUCUCCACGUGCGAGCACCACCUGGUUCCCUUCUGGGGCAAGGUGUCGGUCGGUUACCUGCCCAACAAGAAGGUCAUGGGACUCUCCAAGAUAGCCAGAAUUGUCGAAGUCUUCAGCCGUAGAUUGCAAGUCCAAGAGAGGCUGACCAAGCAGAUCGCGGAAGCCGUCGUGGAGGCCGUUCAGCCCGCGGGAGUCGCUGUUGUGGUGGAAGGAACGUGA